AUAAGAUUGUACCAGUUACGAGAUAGGGCAAUAUAUGAAAAAUAUUUAUUAGGCUAUUCAGUGUCAUUAACGAUACUUAAUUAUUUUUCUUUGACAUAAUAUUCAUUUUAAUACGAUGGCAUCAAUAUUGUCUAUUAGCAUCAGAAAAGGUAAUACUAUCGGAUAUUUAACUGGAUUAUGUAAGGUACCUAAAAAUCAUAAUGUAACACAAUUAGCAUUUAUGAAAAGAGUAGCAUUGAUGGAACAUAUACCUAAACCACCUCCAUAUCCUUAUUGGAAAAAACAGUGCAAUGAUCUACAUAUGAUGUUUGACCCAAUGUCUCUCAGAUAUGAUGACAAUUCUAAACUGAUAAUUGUUGAAGGCCCUCCUGCAGUAGGGAAAACAAAACUUUGUGAAGAAAUAGCGAAAGAGUAUGGAUUAUUAUAUAUGCCACCUCCAACACAUGAUGAAAUAUUUAUAAAUCCUUAUGGGUUUGAUGUACGCAGCAUAAACUCAAAAUUACCACCUUCAUUUAAACAUCAUGAUCUGAAUGACUUCCUAAAAGACCCUUAUCAUGAACUAACAGCAGUGUUUCAAUUAGGGUAUUUUCUAAUGAAGUUUGAACAAUACCUAAAUGCAUUACUCCAUAUAUUAGCAAGUGGACAAGGUGUAGUACUUAAUCGAUGCAUUUAUACAGAAGCUGCUUUUAUGCAUGCUAUGUAUAAUGCUGGAUAUAUUAGUAAACCAGUUGUAAAUAAUUUUGAACGUAUGAGGCUUAACACUUUCAAGUUUCUUCUUAAACCACAUUUAGUCAUAUAUUUGGAUGCAUCUCCAGAAGUUACCCUAGAAAGGAUUAAACAACGAGGUAACAUAAAUGAAAUUAAUUCGAAAGUCUUCACAAUAAAUUAUUUAUCAGAUCUAGAAAAUGCAACUAAACAGACUUGCUUGGGUUGGUUAUCAUCUCAAACAGAGAUAGUAACCUAUGAUUGGAAUAAAGCAGGCAAUAAUAUGGAUAUUGUUUAUGAUAUUGAACAGAUAGAUUUAGAAGAAGAUACAUCUAAACAAAAAUUCUAUGAUUGGCUAUUUAGUAAUAGUGAACACAUAAUUGACUGUAUGGCACUGUAUCAGGACAAAAUAUUAAUUUAUAAUAACAUCGAUGGAUAUAUAGAAUCAGAAAUUCCAUCUGAAUUGUAUUCUUGUACUGAAGAGAGAGACGAAUAUGAUAAAGAAAUGGAAAAGAUCGAUUCUGAACAGUAUCUGUAUGGAUAUAAUCCAAAAUAUGACAAGAUACCUAUCAUUAAAAGACCUGGGAUAAGACUUUCUUUAUUUCGCCGCACACCACGCGAUUUUAUAAAUUGCAAAUAUUUCAGCUGUCAUGAAAUGUAAUGUACAUUUAACUGU